CUAAAACAAGAGAAAUGGAAUUCCUGUCUCUUUUAGGGGUAUAUCCAGAGAAGGGAAUCUGCCCUUGUUCAAAAGCAUAGACUUCCUUUACAGGUAGUCACUCAUUCUCCAUUUUCCAUUCCAUGUUAGGGAUAUGUUGGAACUGCACCUGCAGUAAGCCAGCACUAAUUAUAAACUUGAAAAUGAGUAUAUGAGGCAAUUGAGUUAAUUUGUGUGUAUGUGUAUGUAUGUGCACACACUCAUGUUUGCUUUCUUGGUGUGUCAGUAUAUGCCAGUUACUUAUUUCCUUGAUCAGAUUGCCUUUCAGUAUGUAAUUUUGGUAGUAAGUCAAAGAUAAAAACCUUUUCUAUAAAAUGCUACUUGGGUAGCAUUGUAGCGAGUACUUGGGUACUUUUGAUAUUGGAAUAUUGAUAUUGCCUGUAGGAUUAUGGGAUUUCAUAAAUAAGCCUCAAAGCUUUGUGACUCAUAAUUCUCUGAAAUAUGUCAGAAGUUAAGAAAAUAGUUUAGAAUCUUUUUUUAAAUUAGUAAGUCUUCAACAAAUAACAAUAGAAUCUAUAACUGUAUUGAAUACAAGUCAUUAAUGCACAAUAAUUUGUUCUAAUACAAUUAUGUUAAGGUUAGCUGCUCACCUAUUAUGCCAUAAAUUUGCUAUGCCUUUUUUUUUAACUAGAAGCUGUGAAGAGGGGCACUUGUUCAAGAAAUAAUUAUUAACUAAUUCAAAGUCAAGAAACAGGCUCUGGAUUUCGGCACUUGUGUGUAAAGAAAAUAAGACUUGAUUUCCGCCCUUAAAAAAAAAAGUUUCUAGUAAGAGGAUAUGGGGGGAAUCGUGUAAGAAAAAGUUCAAAAUACAGUAUUAUAAAAACUUUGUAAUUUAGAGCUGGAUGAGAAUUUUGUUUUAUGUCUUCAAAUUCCAAAGAUGGGCUCUGAUGCCCAGAGGAAUUAAGAGCUUGCCCAAGAUCCCACAGCUCGUUUGUGGGCUAGGAUUCAAUAUCUGUAGCCCUAUUCAAUAUGUGUAGCCCACAGUAAUACCACUUUGGUAUUUCUACCACACAACACACUUUUUCUCACAAACCUGAGAUCAAAUACAUUUACAGAUUGUUUGCAGUGCAGAUAGUUUGCAGUAUAAAGAAAUACUAUAAAGACAGCACAGAUUCCCAAGACACUAUGUUUUCCAAAUGUGAAACUGUUUUUAAGUGUUACUUUCAAUAAACUUCUUCAGAAGUUCACACAUUUAUAAUUGAAACUUAAUUUCUUUUCCCAGUUUUAAGGUCUUAAAAUCUUCUUAAACUGCUAAACAUUAAAAUCUAUUCAGUUUCACAUCACAUCUGCAAGUAGAUAACUAGGAAGCCAUUUUGCUUACAUAGUAACCGCUCAGAGAAUUUCAGGACAUACUGUGUUUUCAUAGCAUGCUCUUUUGUGAACCACACAUCUACCAGUCUGUUUGCUAUGGGACUCUUUGUACUAGUGCUUCAUCAUUUAACAAACAUAAAUUGAAAAGGAAUUGCUGACAUUCAUUUAGCACUUACUACACGUUAGAUUCUAUGAUAAGUGCUUUAAAUAUGCAUUAACACAUUUAAUUCUAUGAGAUAUGUCUUCUUAUUUUAUAUAUGAGGAAACUAAGUAGAAUCCUUUCCCUGGAUGAGCUACCAUUGUAGAAAAAAACCAAAGGAGAAAAUAACACACUAGACUAUUGUUUAGUAAGAUAACAGCUGUAUAUAGUCAGAUGUAUGGGGGCCCAGAAGGAGAAGCUAUCAACGGCUUGUCAGGAAGAGCUUAGAGAAAGCUGCUUAGGGCAAUUAAUAGUCUGUGACUGCUUCAGAAUUUCUAGAGAGGAGUUUAGCUGCAAUCUAGUUGGAAGUGUAGGCCGAGGGACUUGUCUUGAAGAUGCACUUGCAUAGCAAGUACUUUGCUUUCACUUAGUAUGUUGCAGAUAAUAAAAAUAUAUUUUUAAAGAUGCUUUUUGUACAUAGUGUACAUAGAUUGCAAAACUCCAUGUGAAAUAUUUUGUUUUGAUUUGGGUUGCUUAGAGAGGACUGAUGAGGUUUAUGGAAAGGGUGUAAAACCCCCAUUAUACCAUUUUUUGGUGAAACCAGGAAGCAUCUGAUGCUGGCUUUCAAGGGUGAAUAGGAAUUUGGUGAUAGGGCAGUCUAGAUAUGGCAGUACAUUAAGGAACGGUGGCCAGAGUGGGUAUUGAGGAUAGGGAGGAAGAAUAGUAGGAGACAGGGCUAAAGAGUUGAGAUGGUGCUGGGUUCUGAAAGUUACUGCUCUAAAUGCAGUCUUUAACGUGUUUAAGCCUUGGAUUUGGUGGGUAAUAUGUCUCCCUUAUUAUGCAUUCAUUUAUUUAGUUCAAUUCUUAGUACGACGUAUUUCCAUGCUCUUCAGAAAUAACCACCUACAACUCAUAAUGAAUAAUAAAGUUGUUUUUUAAGUAGUUAGGUAACAUAAUCUUGUGUGUUUUAGAAAAAUAACCAGCAGUAAUGAAGAUGGCCAAGUAUGGAGAAGUGCCCAAACCUGUCAGGAUGCAAUUAUGAUAGUUUUGUGGACCUUAGAAAUAGGAAAUGAGAAGGAUUUGGUAAGAGAGACACUAGGUGAGUUGAGACUGUAGAACUUGAUGAAUGAUUACAUGGUGUCAGAAGAUGGAAAGGAAUUUUUAAAUUGCUAUCAGAGGCUGAACACAUGGCUUACACCUGUAAUCCCAGCACUUUGGGAGGCAGAGGCAGGUAGAUUGCUUGAGCCCAGGAGUUUAAGACCAACCUGGGCAACAUGGCAAAACCUACCUCUAAAAUUUUUUUUUUUAAUUAACUGGGCAUGGUGACAUGUGUCUAUAGUCCUAGUUACGCAGGAGGCUGAGGCAGAAGGAUCACUUGAGUCCAGGAGUUAGAGACUGCAGUGAGCUGUGAUUGUACCACUGCUCUCCAACUUGGGCAACAGAGUGAGACUCUCUCUCAAAGAAAUAAAUCAAUUGUUAUCAGAAAUAACAUUCAUUCCACACAUUGAGGGCCUACUUUGUUCCCAAAACUUUGCUAGUGCUAGAAAUAAAAAGAUGAAUGACAUAGUAUCCAUCCUUGAGCAUCUCGAUCUAAUAAGGGAGAUUUUUAAACAAAAAUUGCAAAAUUGCAAUGUUAAGUGUCAAAGCUGAAUAGAAAGUGUAAUUUGGGGUGCUUGGAUAGGCUCCUUUAAGGAUUAGUAGGAAUUCGUAAAGAGGCACAUUCUUGGCAGAAAAGUUCAAAGCAGUGGGGAAUUCUGUUCUGUCUGGCUAGAGGGAGAAGGAAAUGGAUGGGAAGGGCAAGGAAUGAAAUUGGACAGGAAAGUGGAAUCCAGAGAUUAACAGGAUCAGAUUUUCAUUUUCGAUGACUCUGGUAGCAGGAUGUAGUAUGGAAUGGAGCAGGGUGACAAGGCAAGGAGACUAAUGAAGAGUCAGUUUCAAUAAUAAAAGCUUGAAUAGGGCAGUGGCAGUGGAGACGGAGUGGAUGUGUUUGAGGGAUUUAAAAGGUGGAAUUGAAACUCUUAGUGAUUCUUUGGAUGUGGGAAAUAAGAGAUGGGAAUCAUCUUAAAAGACUCGGGUUUCUGGCCAGGCGCAGUGGCUCACGCUUAUAAUCCCAGCACUUUGGGAGGCCAAGGCGGGUGGAUCACGAAGUAAAGAGAUCGAGACCAUCCUGGUCAACAAGGUGAAACCCUGUCUCUACUAAAAAUACAAAAAUUAGCUGGGCAUGGUGGUGCACGCCUGUAGUCCCAGCUACUCGGGAGGCUGAGGCAGGAGAAUUGCUUGAACCCAGGAGGCGGAGGUUGCGGUGAGCCGUUCCAUUGCACUCCAGUCUGGGUAACAACAGAGAAACUCCAUCCCAAAAAAAAAAAAAGACAGGUUUCUGACUAGGGUGCCUGGGUGGUUGAUGAUGUCAUUAACCAAAAACAGGAGCAAGUGUAGGAGUGAAGAUCAGUUUAAUUUGGGUCAUACUGAAUUUGAAAUGCCUGGAGGACAUUCAAGAGGCAGAGGACAAAAUGCUGUGGAAUAGUCAGAAAAGCCUGAGACAGACUGAAGCAACGCAUUCACAAGUAGGAGAAGUGGGAGGCCAAGAUUGUCAUACCAUUAGAAGCUAGGCUGAUCCACAGACAGACAGAUGGCUGAAAGUGGAAAAGAAAAAAUAAAAUGGACAACCACCAUUAUUGUUAGCUCAUCUCUUAAGAGUUAUGAAAUUGCAACUGCCCUAGAAAAUCGAAGCCACAAGGUUAGAUAUUCAGAUUCAGUGGAAAAUGGAUCAAUUAUAUUUUCUCUUUCUGGAGUUGCAUUUUUAUUAAUGGAUACUAAGGAAUGUCUUACGUCAACUGAAGAAAUAUUUCUAGCCAAAAUUGAGAAAUUUAUUAACAUUCACCAAAAUAGUUUUUUGGUUCUGUCUGCUGCCCUCCAUGGGCCUGAAGAAAGGAAACUGAUGUUCAGAAUUCAGCAGAGAUUCCUGGGUUGUAACUUAAGAAUACUUCCAGUACACAACACAGUAAAUGCUAUUAAUCUUAUGUGCACUAUAGCGAAGACUACCUCCAAACCAUACGUAGAUAGCAUCUGCUACAGAAUGAUAACAGCUAAAGCUUACAUCACUGAGCAAAGUCCUGUUUGGAAAACACUUCAGAAGAUAAAACUGAGUAGUGAUUCAGUUAACCCAAACUAGAAUACCAACUUAAUGUUCUUCUCAAAGAAUGUUAAAAUAAUUAGACCUGUGAAAUUAUAAUAUUCAAAUACCUAUUUAUA